UACAAUUAGAAAAACAGUUUGGUAAAGCAGCAUUUUACGGAGUCAUUCUGUAUCGUUUUCAUCUGGUUCAGCGCUAUUUGUGCGUCUUUUCUGGCAUCUGCUGUCUGAAAUAAACGUUCAGCCUAGCAGACAACAACAAUCAAUUCACCUACAGUUCAGUGUUUUCAAAGCAGUUUACCAAUAAACGCUGGAAUGUUCCCAUUAGUCUAAAAUUGAAGAAGAUAAAGUUGGUGUGAGAAAAUUGAAAACAUGGAUGAACCAGAGCCCUGCGGAAUAAAACAGGAAGAUAUUGAACAACAAAUAGACCUGAUAGAAGAGAACAAGGAGAUUGAAGAACUUGUUGAAGCGGGGGAGAAACAUCUGGUCAAAACUGAAGAGAUAUCCAGGAGUUCCUCAUUGAAAAACGACAAUAUAUGUUUCACUUGCUUUCACUGUGGAAAGAGUUUCUCAUGCAAGCAAAAUCUUGAGCUUGACAUAAUAUUUCAUUUUGGAGGGAAGCCAUAUGCAUGUGAUGAGUGCGAGAAGAUUUUCACAAUAAAAGGAAACCUAAUUGAACACAUAAAAAUUCACACUGCAGAGAAGCCACACACAUGGGAUCAAUGUGGGAAGAGUUUCCCACAAAAACAACCUUUUAAUGAUCACAUGAAAAUCCACAGUGGAGAGAAACCAUAUGCAUGUGAUCAGUGCGGAAAGAGUUUCGCACAAAAAAGAAACCUUAAUGAACACAUGAAAGUCCACACUGGGGAGAAGCCAUUCACAUGUGAUCAGUGUGGGAAGAGAUUCACACAUAAAGGUAAUCUUAAUGAACACAUGAAAAUCCACACUGGAGAGAAGCCAUAUGCAUGUGAACAGUGCGGGAAGUGUUUCAUACAUAAAACAAGCCUUAAUGAACACAUAACAAUUCACACAGGAGAGAAACCGCACACGUGUGCUCAAUGUGGGAAGAGUUAUGCACAAAAAGGAGGCCUUAAAGAACACAUGAAAAUCCACACUGGAGAAAAGCCAUACACAUGUGAUCAAUGUGGGAAGAGUUUCAGAAAAUCAGGCGUUUUUAAAGUGCAUCUGCUUAGUCAUUCUAGAGAAAGGCUAUAUAGCUGUGAUCAAUGCGGUAAAAAGUUUUUUAGGGCAGAUUUUCUGAAGGAUCACCUUAAAGUUCAUACAAAGGAGAAGCCUUAUGUAUGUUCUUUGUGUGGAAAGAGUUUUAGUCAGAUGGGUACUUUAAAAUUACACCAGAAAAGACACAGCGGUGUGAAGGAUCAUGUUUGCUCUAAAUGUGGUAAGGCUUUUUUUACAGAUGGUGCACUGAAAGUGCACAGGACAGUUCACACUAGAGAAACACCUUACAAGUGUUCACACUGUGACAAGAGCUUCAAACGCUCAGAAUAUCUGAGGAUACAUGAGAGGAUCCACACUGGAGAGAAGCCGUAUCACUGCCCAACAUGUGGGAAGAGUUACACUCAUUUUUCUUCUCUAACCGCUCAUAAAAAAACCCACAUGUCUGAAAUGAUAGAGUAAUUACAGAGUAGUAGUUCGAGUUCUGAUCUGUAAGACUGCAUAAAGCAAGUAUAUUGAUAAUUGAUUAAUCAAAGAUUAUUAGAACAAGUAAUGAACUGAUUGAUUAUUUCAGAAGAAUAUUUGAAGAGUUCAUUUGCAAAAACGGAUAACUCUGUGAUAAUGAUUUAUUAUCAUUAUUCAUAACAGUUUUCCCCCAGGCCAUAUACCACCUGAACAACACAUAACACCUCAGUACUGUACAUCUGUAAAUAACUCCUCAAACCUUCAUCUGUAAAUAGCACAUAUGCACAUUUACAGUUCUGUCAAUGGACAUUUUUCCU